AGCCAGACAUCGAGCUUUGAGGAGUCUCUCCAGAGUUGCUCUCUAUAGAAACUCCUCUACAUCCACACUGACCCUGAAGAUGGCUCCUUCUACCAGCCUUGUGCUGCUGCUCCUGCUCGGCCUCUCUCAGGCUGUUCCUCUCCAGAAGGAAGAACACAAGAAAGAAGGACGCAGACAUGGACGCCAUGUUGGACACCAUCAUGAGCACGAUGACAAAAAACAAAAAGAACACCACGUGGACAUCACCACCAGGAUUUUGUCUGCUAACAAUGGCUCAGACGAAUUGCUGCUGGAAGGAGACAUGAUGAUUCCCAAAACCAGAAAUGCCAUGAAGUGCUUAUACAACAGCUGCCUGUGGAGAAAAUCCUCCAAAGGCUUGGUGGUGGUCCCCUACGUCAUAGGCAAUGAGUAUGCCGGCUAUGAAAAGCAGACGAUCCAGGGCGCCAUGAUGGCCUUUGCUGCCCACACCUGUAUUCGCUUUGUCCCUCGUACCAAUGAGAAAGACUUCAUCAUGAUUCAUAGCAAAACCGGAUGUUACUCUGAACUGGGCAGAAUAGGAGGAAUGCAGGAACUUUCACUCAACAAAGGGGGCUGUGUCUAUGGUGGAAUCGCCCAGCAUGAGCUGAACCACGCUCUGGGCUUCCAGCACGAGCAGACCAGGAGCGACCGUGACAGCCACAUCAGGAUCAACUGGCAGAACAUCAUACCGGCAACUGCCUACAACUUCUUCAAACAUGACACCAACAACCUGAACACACCUUAUGACUACGGCUCCAUCAUGCACUAUGGAAGAGAUGCCUUCUCCAUUGCCUACGGAAGGGACAGCAUGACCCCCAUCCCCAACCCCAAUGCCCAGAUUGGCCAGAGGAAUGGAUUGUCUUACUGGGACAUCAAAAGAAUCAACAUACUCUACAAGUGCUAACUACAGUGUUGAUGCUGAAUACAAAAUGCUGUUUUAAAUGUUGAGGUGGCAGAAUAUAUCACCUCACAAGCUUAAACUAUAUUCAAUAAAGAUGCUGCAAAAUUA